AUGCAAAUUAAAUUCUUAGGAAUCGCAGCAUUAGUAGCAGCAGUAAGCGCUGGUCCAGUCGUUAGAGACAACGACGUAGAGAGCUACACUAACAUCCGUCCUAACCAACUCUGGAAGCGUGAUGUUGGCGAAGAGAGCUACACAAGCCCACCACCAAACCAGACUUACAAGAGAGUCAAUGAGGAAGGACUUGUAAACCCACCUCCAAACCAAACUUACAAGAGAGUUACUGAGGAGGGUCUUGUUAACCCACCACCAAACCAAACCUACAAGAGAAAUGAUGAGGAAGGUCUUGUAAACCCACCUCCAAACCAAACUUACAAGAGAGUUAACGAGGAGGGACUCGUUAACCCACCACCAAACCAAACUUACAAGCGCGGUGGUAACUCAGAGGAAAGCUACACCAACCUCCGUCCAAACCAAACUUGGAAACGUGUUGAUGAGGAGGGCCUCGUCAACCAAGGACCAAACCAAGUCUAUUAA